UGGGGUCGGGGCAUCGCGCACAACACCUGGGCCGAGACCCCCACGCGCUCACUCGACCACUGGUGCUAGCAGCACGAUGCGAGCACGGCGAGUGUGACUGCCAGAGCGUGGUGGACACAGAACACAGAGCAUACACUCACACACACUAAACACACAGUCAAUCUCAGAGAGGGAGAGACGUCUAUCGCGCCGCGUGAGGGGAACUAUGGCGCUGCUUCAACAGAUACGCCUCUUGAGCUGGAAGAAUGGAUGGACACUCCUGCGGACCCCGUUUCUGCCAAUAUCAGUCGUGGUGUGGCCAUGUAUCCUAUUCAUCAUCAUCGCCAUCCUGCGAACUCAAAGCCCCCCUCAACAAAAGUCUUCAUGCUACCUGCCAGUGCAGACACUGCCAAGUGGAGGCUUUUUCCCUUUCCUGCAGUCAUUGCUUUGUGACUCCACCCCAGAGUGCAAGAACACCAGCUAUCUGCACUCAACCACUUCAAGGUCAAGGUCUUUACUAUACCAAGACACGGGGCUGGACGAGGCCAUGGUGUUUCAGACGAUGAAGAUGGUGCGGCUACACAGGCAAACAGUGGACGCAGAAAUGCCGAGGCUGCAGCAGGACGUGGACCGCAUCUUAAGACAACUCGAGGUGAACUUCACCCAAGUGUGGGAUGCCACCAAUGGCACAGAGCUGGGUAUUCACCCAACUCUGUGGAGAAACCUGUCUCACACUCUCUUUGGACGAAUGUUGUCAUCCACCGGCAACAACACGGAUGAGAUGAUUUUUGCACAGAAUAUGAAGAUUCUUUGGUGCUCUCAGCUGACUGGGAUGGCCGAGAAUAUUACCACAGCCCGGUCAUCCCAGCUCAGCAUUUAUGAGCUGAAUUACUUCAUCGCCAAUUUGCUGCCAACCUUCAACAGCACCAUGCAAAUCUGGUGCAAUAGCGAUCAGUCCCUGCUGGUGGAAGGACUGAACACAUUAAACAAGACGGUAACAGCCCUCAACGUCACCAAGAUAAUGGAUAUGCUGUUAAAUGUGAACUCGUCAAUCCUCACGAAGAUUGAGGACGGCAUAUUGAUGCUGGAGGGAGUUCAGAAGCAGAGUGAAUACCUCUGGCAAGGUGUUAAGGAGGCAUCGUCCAUUCUGAUGGCACUGACUGAUGCUAAAGCAUGGAGCAGCCUGGACAGUGUGACUGCAAGCCUCAAGGACUUCAAAGCGUUGGCGAAUGUGAGCAAGGAAUUGACUUCAAGCUACGCUGAACUCCAGCCACCUAUGGAGCUCAUAGAACUCAUCCUUCAAGCAGCCAUCAGCAUCCUUGAACAGCCAGCAAACCCGGAUAAUACAGCUUGGAGGGACUGGCUGGACCAAGGAAUUCAGAAAGGUUUUAACAAAAGCACAAGUGGAGAUUCUUUUAACAUCAGCCUUUCACUCUUUGAGACGGUGCUCACGUGGCUCGAGAAAGAGCUGCAGGACAACAGCAGCAGCAGCAGCGGCACCUUUUGGGGUCUGAGCAGUACGGACGUGAGCAGCGUGCGAGUGGCGCUGCGCCAGGCGCGCCUCUGGCUGCCCCUGCUGCGUCAGUCGGCGCGGGUGUACGACUGGAGCAGCGAGGGCUAUGCCUGGGCGCUGGGCGUGGCUGAGCAGGCGUUGGAUGGCCUUCAGUUCGGCGCGGAGAUUUCAAAGGUCCUGCAGGCUGUGCAAGCAGUCAGAGAUGUGAUUCUGCAUGCAACCAAAUUGAAUACAGAGCUGCUUGUUCUGGCCAGGCAAGUGGUGACCGUCAUCGCCGAAAACAUCGACUUGAUGGCCUCGGACGCCAACCGGCGGGUUGACCUCCUAGGGCAAAUGAUUGCCGACGUUGACGUCUUCGUCACUGAAGUGAAGCAGAAACUGCAGCAAAAUCGGUCGCUGAGUUGCAUGGACCUGAUGGUGCUGUGGGACAUGCUGCCCGCGGAUAUCCUGACCGACCGCCAGACCGUGCUCUCUGCCAUGUGCCAAGCGAACACGAGCGGGUCCACCCUCGGCAACUUGACAGCGGCGCUCGGUCACUACGCGGCUCUGCAGGGGGCCAGCACCACGCUGGCGAUCCUGGUGAACGGGAGCCAAGUGGCACCGAGUGGACAACCGCCAAGGAUCUCCGAGCUGUACGCAAGCUGGCAGAGCGUGGUGGAUGCUGCCGGAGAGAAUGUGGAUGCCCAGGCGAAAUUCUACAGCUACCUGCAGCAAGUGUUUGGCGUGAUGCCGCCAUCACCGCCCAGCAGCACAGCACUGCUGGACUCCUUUUUGGAACACCUACUCAUCAACCUGAUGUUGGACGUCACCGAUGUUGUGGGCAUGAUGGUGCAGCAGACACUGGGAUGGCCCAGCAUGGACCAGCUUGUCAAUGGCUUGCAUUGGAUCAUCUCCACAAUAAACCAGCAAAAUACCACCAGCUUUACGAGCAAAUGCGAAGAUAUUUUCUCCGUCCCAAACGUAACGCUGUGGGCGAACGCUCCCGUGCCGUGGAGGGGCCUCAUCAGCGAGAUGAUCGUCUUCAAAAACAACGCCAUGACCAACGACGAGCUCAUACCAAGAGCACUCCACGCAUCUAUGGACCUCUUAAAUCAGAUGAACAUCGUCAAUGUUGACCGCAACGCUCUGAACACGAUGUUCUGCUCAGAUAAGAACCUAAGUAGCCUCAUUGCCAGUUUUCAACAAUCAAAUUCAACCAUCUCGGCUACAGCGAACCUCAUUCAGGGCAUUUUACAUGACAAAAGUGUGACGCAUGUAAUUGCCUUGUUGUACAAUAACAUUCGGCUGUGGUCGCAGAAUUCUCCCCCAGCAGAAGGCCAACUUUACGAUGAUGUCUCUGCUAUUCUUAACAGGAUCAAUGUCAGUAAAGAGUUCGAUAUUUUAAAUCACGUAAUUGAGGUUGCAAACACAACCGGCAUUGACAAUGCUAUUUUACCACUCGUAUACGGUGUCCUCACAGAGAUCCAGGCUUCAGGAUUGCUUGACAAUAAAACUGCAGAUAUCCUUAACACUGUUCAGACUUUUCUCAAAGUUAACAAUUCUGAGCAGCUUCUUGCUGAGAUCAAACAGCUUCUCUCUUGGGUGCCACAAGACAGUGCUCAAAAUAGCAGCCGAAGAGUAACGGAGUUCCUGAUAAAUGUGUUUGAAAACAUAAUUGUGCCUGUAUUACCUGCACAUGAUUGGGCAGCUAUUCUUCAACCAGAAAUAUCCCAACAGUUGAUGAUGAACUUCAUAAACCCCAAAGUUGUAGCAAAGAUUUUAUCAGAAAUUCAAUUAUCACAUCUUGUAGACAGGCAAGUUACAGAAAACUUAAAUAUUGCUCAAACAUUCCUCAUGAUGAACAGCACCCAGCAAAUCCUAUCACAUGUGGUGGUCCUGUUACAUCAGGCUCAACCAGAUGAAGUGCGUGAUUUGUCUAUCAAAAUCGUGCGUGUCCUGCUUAAAUUAUACCAGAAACAAAUUAUACCAGCAUUUCCGGAAAAUGACUGGACAGGUAUUUUCCAACCGGACACAUUUCAAAAGCUGAUUUUGCAACUCAUGUCCCCAAAAGUUCUUGCUGACACACUUGCCGAGAUUGAAUCCUCAGAUUUUCUUGAUGCACAGACUGCAGAAAUAAUCCGUAUCGCGCAAACCUUCCUGAAUUUGAACAACAGCCAGCAAAUUUUUUCACAGCUAAAUUACGUGCUUUCUCAUGGUCAGCCGGAGACAUAUGGAAACUUGACCGUAAGUGUCUUACAUGUCCUGUACAACAUUUUUCAGAAACACAUCAUUCCACAAUUUCCAGUAGACGAUUGGACAGCUCUUUUUGUCCCAGGAUAUUUUGAGAAGCUGAUAUCGACUCUCCUAUCUCCAGGUGUUUUUGCUGAAAUGCUGUCUGAGAUUGAAAAUGCAGGGCUCCUCAAUCCAGACGUGACAGGAAUGCUCAACACGAUGCAAGGCCUGAUCACAGCAAAUACCACCCAAGAUCUUUUUACACAUCUGAGGCUUCUGUUGGAUCAGUGGCAACCUACGUACCCCAAUGAAAGCAAUCCUGUCAGUUUUUCUAUUGGCAUGCUAAAAGUCUUGCUGAGCAUCGCGGAGAUGACUGAUCAACCAGAUACUGUUGAUGUCAAGUGGAUGUCUGUCAUAGAGUAUUCACUAAAACAGAUCACACGAUCAAAUUUUAUACCUCCAGGUGCAACAGACAUGAUUGUCACAUUCAUAAAGGUGCUUACAUUUGUUUUUGAACCAAAUUACUUCAAUUUGAAUAACACAAACAACACAAUGCAGAGUCUUGUAAAUGGGUUGAGCAGUGAAAUCAGUGCCUACUUACAACGUUUCCCUGACCUAAGAGAAUUCAUGCCAUUCAUAAUGAAGGCUUCGAAUACAGCAGCGAAAUUGUUGGAUAAUGCUACAUCUGAAGAAGCCAUCAGUACAUCACUCGAGGCCAUUAUUUCAUUGGUGCACAACUUAAGACACAUCGUGACAAAAUCCAAUCCGUUAAUGCCAACAUCCGCAAGUGUCUGUGAAAACAACUUAACAGAGCUUGGAAUGUUUGUGGCUGAACAAUUGAGUAAUCUGAUGCCAGACAAGAUAUCUGAAGAAUUCAAAAACAUGACGUCCCUAAUUCUCCACUACACAGAUGCUCUGCAAGCUUUCAUACAGAACAGAGAUAUGCCUAUGGAUUUUUUCAUAUCGUUUUACAAGGAAAAUACCAGCUCAUCAAACAACUUUCGGACUUUUAAAAAAUACAGACAAUGACACACUGCAGGCACUCAAAUCCGAUGCAAGCAAAGUAAAACUCAUGGUGUCUGAGGCAAGGAUGUCUAACGAGAGUCUGAACACUUUCUUAGAACUAUCAGCACAAUUACUGAUGGAAAUUGGUUACAUUUUAAAUACAUCUGAACAUUUCCAAUCAAUCCCUUCAUUCUCAAGCUUGCUUUUUCUGGUAGACAUGGUGACCGCUGAAAACAGCACAACAGAUACUCUGUUCACCAACAACUCAGACAUUAACAUAAGAGACAUUGACAUAUUUCUGGAAAUCGCAAACAGUAGCACACUUCUUGACGUUCUGCAGAAUAUUGAAAGCCUUCUCCAUCAUUUGCAGGAUCUUCAGUCUUCAUUGCACAAUGAUUCGUUACUGUUGACUCUGAGGUCUAUAUCAGGGAUAAUGGACCAGUGUGGAGUGUUUCUAGAGCAUCUGCACAUUGACCCAGCAGCAAAGGAGGUUUUUCACAUACUCAACUCUCUAUCAGACAUUUGGAUUCAAGAUCUAUCUGUGGUUGAUUAUGGUAGUGCGCAUACCCAGCUUAACGUUUUUAAAGCAUUCAUCGUGUAUGUGGUGGCUAACAUGGACACAUUAAUUCCAAUUGAGAAUGAAGUCAGAGCGGUUCAAUUUCUGCUUCGGUCAAUAGAGCCUUUAAUGGAGUCGGUUUCGGAUGCCAAUGCAGAUGGCACACCCCUUUAUGACAAGCUGAACAUAGUUUUACAUCUUAUUACCAACAUGACAGACAUAUCGACUUACACUUUGGAAGACUUUUGGAGAACUUUUGGCUCACGUGGAAUUACUGAAGUUGACAUAUUGGAAAUUCAAGCUAUCAUGAUGACAAUUGGGAUGUAUGUUGAAAACAUCUUCAACAUCAUCGUUGAGCCAGCAAUGAAUCAGUCUGAAAUACAAGCUGCUGCCGCUCGACUGACAGAAUUGCUGCUGCAAAUGAACCAUGGAUCCAACGCAUCACUUCCCAUCAACAGACAAACUCAUGAAAUAAUGGCAAUCAUAAUGUACCCAAGGAGUCUUCAAAAUAUCUCCGUGAUUUUUCAGUUUUUGAAGAUCAUUGUCGGAGAUAUAUUACCUGAAAACGGACUGUUGUCUCUGCAGCAAACGGAGGCAAUCCUUAACUUCCUGCACAGUGCUGAAACCAUGAUAGCCAUUCAGGAUGUAGACAAGCUGGUUUAUUGGCUACAGAAUUCAACGUUCUAUUUUGGAGACUUCCUUUCACAGAUGGAAACAUUUAACGACACACAGACUCUGUCCAGUUUGACCUCUGCACUCAGCAUCAUGGGUCACUUCCUGCAGUUGCAAAGUCAGCUUGAUACUUUCGUUUCAUAUAACAUCUCCACACCAUUCACUGAAGAACUUGGCUCCAUUUUUGAAUUUUAUGGACUUAAUAACCUGACAGAUAUUUUAAUGAAAGCCAUAGAAGGAAUUCAGCUCAUUCACCAACUUUCUUCCCGUGAUGUGUUUGGCAUGGCUGAGAUACAGAGCAUUUUCAGCUAUUCACAAUCCACUCUAACAUUUUUCACUGAUCCACUUGUUGAGGAAAAGUCCAUUCAUCUUGGAAGUAAAGUUGUCCGACUUGUCGGUAUGUUUAUGAUCCAACAAAACUACUCGGUACCAAAUAUGGUGGACACUCAGUGUACCGUUCUGGCUAUUAUUGACCAAAUCUUAUCAACAAAUCUGAAAACGGUGCCAACAGCAAUGGGUUUAUUAAAUGCAGCUAAAUGCAAUGUAUCAGAAGAAGAACUCAAUGCUGACUGUUCACUUCCAUCGCGCAACGUUGUGUACUGUGCUGCUACCCUUGCAGCAGAAAUUGUGACAGACUUUUCAGAGUUCAUUUCCUUUCCUAAUCAGAUAGUUCUCCCAGAAGAUAAGUUCCAAGAACUGGCAUACAUCUUCUCGUGUAAUUUAAGACAAAUGCAAGAAUGGACUGUGGUGCUUCUGAAAAUGGCUCAAGUUUUUGAUUUUUCAAGCUCACUUCUGGUUGAUCUCAAUGCAAAGACCAUGAGGCUUCUAGACCACAUUGCCGAGACUCAGCUUGACAUCUGCGAUGAUCAUAGUAACCCACUGGCUGUAAGUCUUAUCCUGACACUGAACUCCAUCGAUGAUCUACAGUGCUCGCACACCUUUAAAUCUGAAACACUGGUGGCGAUAAUGACGGAUAUUGUUACUUUAUUAAACAGCAAAUGUGCCUGUAAAUGACAAAUUCUUAGAAAAUGCAAUGGCAGACUUUCAAAAGGUCCUCGAUUUCUUGAUGCAACUUGGAUCCAUUGAUAUUCAUGAAACCGAUCUGCUGUUGAUAGCUAACAGUACCCUUGAGGCACUGAAUACUUUAAUGGAAAAUCUCAGCAUUCAUCCGAAGCCAAACCUCUCAAUUUUCACCUAUUUCAUUAACAUG